ACAUCAAUACUCUCAACUGCCCUCUUGAACUUGUCCAAAUCCUAAAAUUUUCAAGAUAAAAAAUAGACUUUAUAUUAUAUCUUUUAAUAAUAUUUUUUUCUUCAUGUACCCACAUAGAAGAAAUACAGCCUCCUCAAUCUUGGAGGGUUUUUCACUAAAUCCAUUACCAUAUCCAGUUUUAUUAUUUUUAGCUGUAAUUUUCAUAUUUCUUGGUAUUCAAUGGUUUGUUACAUAUGAAGAAGUUAUGGAAGCUACUGAAGAAAGUUUUGGUUGGAUACUUCUGAUUGUGCCACUUGUCUUAUUAUUCGCCGUCCGAUGGUUAUCCACCAUGGACCCGCCGGAAUGGUUUUCCGGCGGGUCACCGUGGGACAGACGGCGGAGGAUGUAUCAACUGCCGUCGGAAGGAAGUUCACCAUGGGGGGUGGCUGCUUUGAUUGUGUUGUUGUUAGUAUUGUUGCAGUAUCAGUCUACUUUUCUUGAUAUGUGGUUCUUGUAAUUGUGUCCUUCUUACUUAGUAUUAUUAGUUUGUUGCGUAACAGAUGAGGUUGCUAAUAAGAUAUUUUGGGUUUGAGUUCCGGUAUAAAAAAAAUUUUGGUAGGGAGGCUACCCCGAAUGGGCCCGAUUUGGCUCAAAUCAAGAUUAAUCGGACAUUAAUAUGAAUAUCGGACAUCGAAUGGGAAAUAAAAGAAAAGUAUUAUUGGUUUGUUGUUACAAUAGGAAUUAAUUAAGGAUGUUGUUAUUAAUGUGAGUGCGUAUAUAUGUAAUUAUAGUGAUUGUAAUUUAAUUUCCACAAAGAAAUAGAAAUUAAUAGAACCAUAUGUUCGUUUGGAUCA